CCUACAGGUCCUCUAUAAAUACAGUAUGUGAUCCUUGGAGCCAAGCAUCACAGAUCUAAAGUCUUCUCCUGUAGCACUAAGUUUGCAAUUAGGGUCAUCAUGAAGAACAUCUUGAUCUGUGCCACAGUUUUUCUGCCUUCUUUAUUUGCUAUCCCAAUAGAUCCCGGUUCUGCAGAUGGACCAAGUGCUGAAAACACAAAACUUCUACAAGUUUAUCUGGACAAAUUCUUCCCAACCUAUUUUAAAGAUGGCCGCAGCCUGCAAGAACGUCUCAGAGAAAUGCAGGAAUACUUCCAUUUGGCUGUCACCGGGAAAAUGGAUAAAGGUACAUUAAAUGUAAUGAAACAGCCACGGUGUGGAGUCUCAGAUGUUUCCGAAGGACACAAAGCUACAAGAAUCUGGAAUAAACAAGUGCUCACAUACAGGAUUAAUAAUUACACUCCGGAUUUGCCAAGAAGUACGGUAGAUAGAACCAUAGCAAGGGCAUUCCGUGUUUGGAGUGAUGUGACUCCACUGAGGUUCCAGAAAGUUUCCGGACGUGCUGAUAUUGAAAUAUUUUUUGCACAUGGUGCACAUGGUGAUGGUAUCUCUUUUGAUGGUCGAGGAAAGGUUUUGGCUCAUGCUUACUUUCCUGGACCAGGAAUUGGGGGAGAUACACAUUUUGAUGAAGCAGAGAAAUGGUCAGAGUAUAACAGAGAGGUCAACCUGUUCCUUGUUGCUGCACAUGAAUUUGGUCAUGCUUUAGGACUUUCACAUUCUAAUGUUUUUGGCUCUUUGAUGUUUCCAACAUAUACUUACAGUAACCCACGGUUCUUCCGUCUCCCAAAUAAUGACAGACAAAGAAUUCAGAGACUUUAUGGAACAAGGAAGUGAAACAGCUGCAGAAACCAUUAUAUUUAAAUGGCAUGGAAGAAUUUAUAUUUUUCACAGAUCAAAAGCAUUAUUUCAACUCAGUUCAUAACAUAGUAAAAGGAGCAAAAGUUUGGUUGCCUGCUUGAUAAUGGGGAAAGACUAGUGGAUUGUGCUUUGUUAUGGAAGCUUCGUUGAUUGUUGAUCAGCUUCCUGGUCCAAUUCAAGAUGCAGAUUACCAAUUGCAAGGUGUGCAUGUUCUGUAGAUACCUUCACUUGGAAACAGUGUGUCAUCCAUCAUCAAACCAACACCAAUCUUGUUGGCAUUCAGGGAAACCACCAAGAUCUGACUGUACCAGAAAGCCUUUGGGGGUUAAUAUAUAUCAGAUUCCAUCUCUCCGUUAUUAGUUUGGGGGGUCUGGUUAUUUUCUUUUCCUUGUAAUUAUUCCUUGCUAUUUUUUUUUUGUAAGCAACUGGAGAUCAAUCAAACAAUUAAUCAAGAUGGAAGGGACCUUGGAGGUCUUCUAGUAACCCCCUGCUCAAACAGAAGAUCCUAUACCAUUUCAGUUUUGGGAAAUGUUCUUGUACCUAUACAUAGCUAAUAAAUAAUCCAACCC